AUGUCUAAUCCUCAGAACUACACCGUCGGCUGGAUCUGCGCCCUCAGUACGGAGUACGUUGCCGCACAAGAAUUCCUCGAUGAAGAGCAUGAACCACCAGAAUCCGUGCCUGUUCAUGACCACAAUGAUUAUACGCUAGGGAAAAUUGGCAAACACAAUGUGGCCAUUGCUGUCUUACCAGGUGGUGAAUAUGGCACAUCUUCUGCAGCUAGAGUCGCUAAGGAUAUGUUUCACAGCUUCCCCAAUAUUAGAAUCGGUCUCAUGGUGGGCAUUGGGGGUGGUGCACCUAGCAAACACCAUGAUAUACGUCUAGGGGAUGUCGUGGUAAGCUUGCCCAGUAAUGGAAAGGCCGCCGUGUUGCAAUACGAUUUUGGUAAAGAGAUACAAGAUCAGAGCUUCAAAUCCACAGGGAUCUUAAACCAGCCUCCACCGAUCUUACUGACGGCAGUGAGUGGGCUAAAGACCCAUUAUGAGCGCAAAGGUCACAAGAUCCAAGAUGCUAUCAGAAGUAUUCUCAAGAAAAACCCCAGACUGCUACAAAAAUAUGGACAGCCAGAUCCGAAGAGCGACAUGCUGUACAAAUCUACCGUUGUUCAUCCUCUCGACUACGGCGGAAGUUGUGCGGGGAUUUGUGACAAUGCGUCGAAUUUAAAGCAACGACUUGAACGUCCCGAGGACCAGGAUAAUCCAACGAUUCACUACGGUCGAAUUGCUUCAGCCAACCGCUUAAUGAAGGACGCCUUAGAAAGAGAUAGGCUUGCUGCGGAAGAAGACAUAUUAUGUUUUGAGAUGGAAGCGGCGGGGCUGAUGAACCAUUUCCCCUGCCUUGUUAUCCGCGGCAUUUGCGAUUACUCUGACUCUCAUAAGAACAGAGAAUGGCAAGGGUAUGCUGCAAUGACGGCUGCGGCCUACGCGAAAGACCUCCUGUAUCGAAUUGUGCCUAACAAGGUCGAGGCAGAGCAGCCGAUCGCUGGACUUCUUUCUGAGGUCCAAAAAGGAGUUGAAGAUGCCAAAAAAGAUAUUGAAGAGGUCCUCCAAAUUCAGCACACCCAAGAAGAUAAUGACAUCCUUCGGUGGCUCACGCCCGUUGAAUAUCAUUCUCAGCAGCAUGACUUCAUCAGCAAACGACAGCCGAGUACAGGUCAAUGGCUUCUGGAGUUGGAGGAGUUUCAGGCAUGGCUGAAUGCUCCUAAGCAGACAUUAUUCUGUCAUGGGAUUCCCGGAGCAGGGAAGACAAUUCUCACAUCUAUUGUCAUCGACGAUCUCUGCAGGAGAUACAGCCGAGAUAGAACUAUUCAAAUUGCUUACAUUUAUGGCAACUUUCGACAGCAAGGGACCCAGAAGGUCGACGACUUAGUUGCCAGUUUGCUGAAACAGCUCGCACAAGGCCACUCAUCUUUACCAGCGGCAGUCAGAGAAUUGUAUCACGAAAACCAAGUUAGAAAGACGCGUCCUUCGCGGGAGGAUCUUAUAAGGAUUUUGCACGUGGUGGUUACACAAUCUUCGAAAGUGUUCAUCAUCCUCGACGCGCUUGACGAAUUGUUCCAUGAUUGUCGAACGAAGCUCCUGCCCGAGAUCUUCAAAAUUCAGGCGAAGGCCAACUUAAAUAUCUUUAUGACUUCACGGCCCAUUCUGGAUGUUGAGAAGGAGUUCCGAGAGUGCAUUUCACGCAAAUCACUCGAAAUUCGUGCCAAAGACGAAGAUGUGGAAAGUUAUCUCGAGAGUCACAUCUCGGAACUUCGAUUAAAUGUUCCAGAGAAUGUUAAGGAAGAAAUUAAAAAGACGAUUUCAGAGGCGGCAAAAGGAAUGUUUCUCUUGGUCGAGCUUUAUUUCGGCUUCCUCCAAGACACAACAACAAUCAGAGAGGUAAGGGGUGCAUUGAGAAAAUUCAGACCGAAAGCAAAAGGAGAGUCAAGCGAGGCCAAUACGCUCGAGGCGUUAAAUGAUGCCUACAACCACACCAUGAAGAGGAUUAACGAGCAGCCACCGCGACAUCGAGAGCUUGCAAUUCAGGUUCUCUCAUGGAUCACGUGCGCCAAACGGCCGCUUACCACUUUGGAGCUUCAACAUGGUCUCGCUGUGAUGCCUAACGACUCGGAACUUGACGAAGAGAAUAUCCAUCGCGUUGAUACUAUCAUAGCGGUAUGCCAUGGAUUAGUCAUGGUCGACAAGGAGUCUCGGGUUACUCGAUUGGUGCACUAUACGACACAAGAAUACUUUGAGAAACAUCGAAAUAUGUUGCCUGCCGCAGAAACAGAUAUCGCAAUGAGAUGCAUCACCUACCUCUCCUUUAAUGUUUUUAAGAGUGGCUGUUGUCCGACGAAUGAAAUGUUUGACGAACGAUUAAAACAGAAUCCACUUUUUGGCUAUGCCGCGAGACACUGGGGAUACCAUUUGAAGGAAGCAUCCCCGGAAGCUCAGCGGAAGAUCCCGGAAUUUCUUGAGAACGAGGCUAGCCGGACACCGCUGUCAUGGGCCUCAGAGAAUGGACACGAGGACGUGGCCCGCCUCCUGAUUGAGAAGGGUGCUGCUGUGGACUCGACCGACGAAUAUGGCCGGACACCGCUGUCAUGGGCCUCAGGGAAUGGACACGAGGACGUGGUCCGCCUCCUGAUUGAGAAGGGUGCUGAACUCCUGCGACCUCCUGCAACCCACCAUAGGCGUUGA